UGAAAAAUCUUGGUUUACAAUUAUCAACUGAAAAACUUGAAAUUUAUAAUUAUCAAUUGAAAAAACCUAAAGUUUAUAAUUAUCAAUAAAUAAAUAAAAAAAAACUAAUUCGUAGUUGGUGAAAAAAGACAGGACAAUAAUGUAUUUCAUUCCAACGGCAACUUUCAUCUUCGCUUUCAUCAGUGGCAUCGCUGCCUCCAAGGACACAGAAGACUCGAUGAUUGACGUAUGGGUCAUGUCUGGGGGGAGGGCCAGCCUCCCUUGUGUGCCAAAACCUAAAUUGAAAGAUGACCAGCCAGUUCUGGUCCUCUGGUACCGUCGAUUCAGCAGUUCUCUGCCCAUAUACAGUUACGACGCCCGGGUGGGCGAUUUCUCCAACGGCGUCAGAUGGUGGGACGAAGUCGCCUUGGGCAGGAGGGGCUAUUUCGUGCCCUCCAGCGGACCCCCAGCGCUGGUGCUGGAACCCGCCCACGUCCAUGAUCAGGACGUCUACACCUGCCGGAUCGACUACCGCGUUUCGACUUCCACGUCAACCAGAGUCAACCUCACGGUGGUCGUGCCCCCUGGACCACCCGUGGUGAUUUGGGAAGGCAGAGAGAUGGUGGGGACAGUAGGACCCCUUCAGGAGAACCAGCUGACGGAACUUACCUGCCGGAGUGUCGGGGGGCGGCCUGCCCCUACUCUCACCUGGUGGAGUGAGGGCAGAGAGCUGCCCCUCCUCUACGCUAAUUCCUCCUUGGACCCUGUGACAGGAACGAGUGUGGUCGAAGCCACCUUGUCAGUGACGGCCAAACGAGAACUCCAGGGCGGAUCUUUGAAGUGUUGCGCCCUCACGCCCAAUCACCUCAACGCCUCCGAGGCUGCAUCAGUUUCCCCUCGGAGUGUCUCAGUGUCACUCAACAUCACACUCUCCCCAGUGGAAGUGCGGAUACUGGAACCGAGCCCCAUCGUAGCCAAUUCAGGAACCACCAUCAACGUCGUCUGUCGCGCCCUUGGGUCGCACCUCCCUCCUGCGGAUCUCUCCUGGUGGAGGGGCAUCAGGUCCCUGGAACCCCAUGUUACUCACGCCGCCAGCUCAGACUCGUUCCGUCUCACCACGAGACAGAUACAGGACGGCGGGAACAUCACGACAGCCACUCUGACCAUCUCGGUGACGGGCGAGGACGACGGCGCGACUGUCACCUGCACAGGUGUGAAUCCAGCUCUGUCUCACGAACCUCUGUCAGACAGGAGGAAGCUCAUCGUCUACUACGAGCCCAUCGUGGACCUCACCCUCGGGAAGCCCUUGGACGCCGAGAACAUCAAGGAGGCGGACGACGUCUACUUCGAGUGCGGCAUCAAGUCGAAUCCGAGAUUCCAUCGGAUCGAGUGGUACCAUAAUGGCCAGGAAGUCUCCCAGAACAUCAGCACAGGAGUCGUCAUUAGUAAACAGUCCCUCGUCAUCAGGAGAGUUGUCAGGAGUCAGUCGGGGUCCUACACCUGCGUGGUCACCAAUGUUCAGGGGCGAACGGUCAGCAAUACCUUGUCAUUGACAGUCCAGCAUGCCCCCAUAUGCGCCGGCCCAACAGGUCAAGAGAGGACCCAAGGAGCAGCACGAGGGACGGUGGUAAGAGCCAAGUGCAGAGUGGAGGCCGAACCCUCUUCCAGCUUGAUCUGGUCCUGGGUGCGGAAAAGGACCGACGGGAGUGAGGAGAUUCUGUCCCCUAACAAGUAUGCUGUCGAAGGCCUCACAUCGACCCUGACGGUCGUGCCUGAGAGGAGGGAGGAUUACGGUCGUCUGCUCUGCCGGGCGACAAAUAGCGUCGGGCGUCAGAAGGAGCCGUGUGUAGUCAACCUCGUGCCUGCCGGGCCACCUGACACGCCCACCAACUGCUCUGCCACGACUGUCAACCCUGAUGCUCUUCAGCCAGCCCUUGCUGUCACUUGUUUGGAGGGGUUUGACGGAGGGCUGCCUCAAAGUUUCCUGCUGGAGGCUUGGCAGGGUGGACUGGUCCUUGCGAAUAUCAGCAGCGAGUACCCUGAGUGGGUGCUCAGCGGCAUGGAGGCAGGUAAAGGGGUUAUACUGAACAUCGUGGGUCAUAAUAUUCGUGGUCGAAGUGAUCCUGUAACUAUGGAGGUUCAAACUAGUAGCGCCCAGCAUAGAGCAGCUCCAGUUCAAGAGUCAGCUGUGGAGGUUCCUCCAAUUCUCGGUGCUGCUUUGGGAGUCUUGGGAGUGAUUUUGGUGUUGCUGUUGGUUGGGGUAGCCAUUGUUAAAAGGUCCUACCGUUGUCCUAGAAAACCAGUUAAUGACAAGACAUUAGCAUCUUCCUCUACUGAAGGACUAGACCCUGAUGUUGUGCAGUCCAUUAAGCGUUUGGAUGUUGUCCCGUGCCUCCAGGAGGAACACAAUAAAGAAGAAAUAGAUCCAAUGUUCACUUUCUCAGAGCACAUCUACCCGCCUGAUGACACAAGGGAGACUGAGGUAUCUCAUGAAAUUACUGAAGAAGGUAUUGGAAAAAAAGCUCUUCUGCCUGGCAAGGUACAGACACAUUCUUCAGAGUCGCCUCGACAACGCCGACAGUAUGGCAUAGGUAGACAAAGGCUGAACCUACCCCAUGAUCAAAGUGAAGACUCAGGUGUGUCUGAAUCAGAAUCUGACAAUGAACUGAAGAUCCCUAAAGCAGAGGGGAGCUCAUCAUCUGCACCAUGUUCGAAAGGUGAAUCAGAUCGGCCUUACAUUGCCGUACCUAGAGACAGAGCUGUAAGAUCAUCAGAAAAGAAGUCAUCAGGUGGAGACUCAGGAUGCAGACAUUCUUCCUCCCUUGUAGAUAUAAGCACAACUCAUUCCUCUACAAAGGAUUCAUAUGAGACACCUGAAGGUGGUCACCAUACUUCAAGGAUAUCCCAUGAAGGCAUUCCUUUUGCCAUUCCUUUGAGGGAGAUGCCUUUGGACCCUACGUCCAGGGAAGUACACUUGGGAACAAGCAAGAGAGAGUCUCCAACUCGAGGAUACAAUGCUUUACCAGUUGAGGUGAUCUGCCUUACUGUUUCACCAACAAAAGUUCUCAGUCCAGUAGCUAAUAAAGGGGAGAUACCUUCCAAGACGAAGAACGUGUAUCCCUUAAUGCAGGAAUUACAAGAGUCAGAACAACCAAAAAGAGAUCCAGCCAGAAUUCCUAGCUUAGACAGGAGCGAGAGUGGAGUACCCGUUACUUUAUACAAAGCAGAUACUGGAAAACUUCUUUUACUUCCUAGAAAACAUGAUUAUGAGGGGAUUGGGGUUCAGUUAACUACAACGCCAGUUUACGCAAUAUCAACUCUACCAAAAACUACUGGGAAGAGAAGGAAAGCCAGUCUAGAGACUAGGACCAAAGAAAAUGAUUCAAGCAAAAAGUUACCCACAAGUAAAGAUCUUGAUACAAAAACGGUUGGUCAAAGAGAUUACAUUCCUCCAGUGCAUCCUGACGUCUGUCGAAGAGAAAGCUCAGUAUAGUACAAGUCCUGAAUUCCAAGACGACACCUUCCAGAUUCUAAUCCACCUAGAUUUAAAUCCACGAGAAAAACAAUUCAUUUGUCAGCAGUAUUUUCCAAGAACUCUCAGGUAUCGUUUUUGUCCAGGUUGUAAGCACAAGGAAAUUAUGUAAAACAAUGUAGGAAUCUAUCUAUUUUAAACUUUCUCUAUCUGAGAAAGUGCACAGACGAAUCUAGUAGAUGUUACAGAAAUGAUCGAUUGUGUGCAUCCGCUGCGGACGCUUCAGAGACUGACAAAAAUACUCAACUUCAGUAUAACUUUUUGUAUAUAUAUAAAACGGUUUGUUAACUGCACCUGGAUGAGAUACAGUUGACCAGAUCGAGGCGUAUACGUGAAGUCUAUAUUUUUAUGUAUAUUAUCUGCAUAUUGCAGAAACUCUAUGUAUGCAUGUAUCAUGUUGCUAA